AUGAUUAACAAUUUACUUCUCGUCGUCUCUCCGAACCCGAAGCUCUGCUUCGAUCGAACUUCAAAACUCAACUUUGACCGCGUUGACUUCAAUGCUAGCCUCUCUACACGUCGCCGUUUGGCUCUCCGGCCACGUGCGAUCCGUAACUUCACCAUCUCAAGUUCUCUACAAACCGAAAAUAACCUUCCAAACGCUGAGCUUGAAGCUCCGAACAACAACAAUUCGCCGAUUCUUCUUGAUGUGACCGGAAUGAUGUGCGGCGCGUGUGUUUCGCGCGUCAAGUCGGUACUCUCCGCGGACGAGAGAGUUGAGUCUGCUGUGGUCAACAUGUUGACCGAGACGGCGGCGGUGAAGUUGAAACCGGAGGCUUUGUUGGAGGGAGAAAUGUCGGCUAGUAUUGCUGAGAGUUUAGCCAAGAGAUUGAGUGUGUGUGGAUUUGAAGCGAAGAGGAGGGCAUCGGGGAGUGGAGUGGCAGAGAAUGUAAAAAAGUGGAAAGAUAUGGUUAAGAAGAAAGAGGAGUUGAUCGUUAAGAGUAGGAAUCGCGUGGUUUUUGCUUGGGCUUUGGUUGCUUUGUGUUGUGGAUCUCAUGCUUCUCAUAUUUUGCACUCUCUUGGCAUUCACGUUGGUCAUGGUUCGUUUUUGGAGGUGCUGCAUAAUUCGUAUGUGAAGGGAGGCUUAGCUUUGGGAGCUCUAUUGGGACCAGGAAGAGACUUGCUUUCUGAUGGUCUGAGGGCAUUCAAGAAGGGAUCGCCAAAUAUGAAUUCUCUUGUGGGAUUCGGAUCUAUUGCUGCAUUUAUCAUCAGUGCGGUCUCACUUCUCAACCCUGAGCUCAAAUGGGAUGCAUCUUUCUUUGAUGAACCGGUCAUGCUUCUUGGUUUUGUGCUUCUAGGACGUUCUCUUGAAGAAAAGGCGAGGAUCAGGGCAUCUAGUGAUAUGAAUGAACUUCUUUCACUCAUGUCCACUCAGUCACGACUUGUAAUUUCUUCAUCGGAUAGCAAUUCCCCGAUGGAUGCUGUUCUUUACUCCGAUUCUAUUUCCACUGAAGUCCCCACUGAUGAUGUUCGAGUUGGAGACACAGUGUUAGUUCUACCUGGAGAAGCUAUUCCUGUAGAUAUGUUCAACUAG